GGAUAGCGCAACAUAUUAUGAGGUUCUCUAAAGCUUUUGAGUCUAACAAGUGGAGGAGGUAAUUCAGUGUUAGAUUCAUGCACCCAGUGGUGAUCUCAUUGUCAUCUCCUUUGUCAUCCAAUCUGUUGGCAGGGAUAGAUAGAGCUGUGGCAUGACAUGGAGGGGAUGGGCCUGGAUAGGAUAUUUCCUUGAUUCGUUAUUGGGUGAAGGCAAUGAUAGCUUCAUCGUUAUCCAGCAAACCAGGACGAUAUCUGGUGACUGCAAGGGAGCCCAGUUGCCGAACAGUAUGCCUGGUGAGCGGCAUUAGCAACUAGAAGUGGAGUGCAUAACUAUAUCUUCCCUUCACACCUUACAUCUUGCUUCUUGAAGCAAAGCACGGAACAUUGCUGAUUCAAAUACUGUGACAUCCGAAAAACGUAUGGCACACAGCGUCAGGUUAACGAUCUCAAGGGCAAGAGGUUUUGUACCGACACAAGCGGGGUUGUGCCCGACGUUGCUCGAAGGAGCGUACCAAUGAAUUGCCCACAUUGCUUCCCAGCCAGCCAUAGAAGAUGACCAAACAAUCGCUCACUGAUUAAUCUGAUGAGCUGAGUUCGCCCAGCAAACGGAUAGCGCUCUAAGUGAGGUUAAACUGGCAUUUAACGACUUCAAUACCCGAAACACCUGGGCAGGGGACAGUUGCCCCCAAUUUAGCGGCUGAAAGAAGGGACCACCACAGCCUUGGAUCCUUGGUUGCAUCUUAUUAAACCCUGAACAUGAUUUUGCGCCUUCGUUGUCCUCGUAUUUAAUAGCCUCCUUUUCUUUUCUUUUCUUUCUUUUUUUUUCUUCCUGUUUUGGGAUAUCUUUUAGCCUCUUUCAUUCAGCCUGGUGGGUGAGACGAACCUCGUGCCGUCGCUGACAGCCGCAACUGAUGGACUCUGUGCCCAUGACGCAGGCGGGGAAAUCGCAAAUCUGGCCCAGAUAUGCUUGUACGCAAAACUCCAACCAACUUAGCACCUAGUAGCUCAAGGGAUUGUGCAUAUCCCAGGCCUGCAUUCCUUCCGCCAAUCCCGGAUUCAAACUGGCGAUGACAAACGGGAUCUGCGUGCGUCUGGAACCGCCAGCCCUGGAUCGCCCGAUGGUGGAUCUAUCUAGUAGACCCGCUGUCUCGUUCGAACUAUGGGCGAUGUUCCUUUGGGCGGAUGUCUGCUCAGCCUCGCCAUCAAGGAAACAGGAUUCACUCGUUCUGGAGUGCGAAUGUCAAAUUUCCACUGUAUAAAUGGAUCAACGAGUUCCAUAUCGUUGAUUCGUGUGUGUUCUUUGAUUUCCUUAGACGAAUAGCUCUGCUUCCCUGUCUCUGUGCUCCCGCGGUAUUUGGUGACUGAGAUCAGGACCUUUUGUGUUGCUUUCUGAAAUCGGAUCACGUCCCUAUUUGCCCGUCUGAUCCAGUGGUUGCUCAUAUUUCGAACUCUAAUCUUCCCUAUCGUUGCCGCUGUGAAGAUAACGUCGAGAAUGACGGGAUCUUCUGGGAACGGUUCUCUCCGCGAAGAGAUAGAAGAUGGCGUGUCAAAACUUAGUCAACUCAUCCGCGCUUCGUUGCGGCCGCUGCCUACCCGAACUGGGGAUGGAAGUUAUAUUGACGAAACGCCGCCUGAACCGACUUUAAUCGAUGACCUGAAGAAAGUCGGCAUUAAAGAUCUCGAUACGCUGGUUGAUGUUGUUCGAAAUGCUGCGACGGGAGAACCAGUCAAUGAUAAGGAUUAUAUCAUGGAGAGGGUCAUCCAGCUCGCUUCCUCGUUGCCCUCCAGAUCACGAAAUGCAGAUAGGUUGAGCAACUCUCUUCUCUCUUUGCUUUGGAACGAUCUAAAGCAUCCGCCGUUGUCGUAGUUAUCUCGGCGAAAAGUAUGUUUAUCGACAGGCAGAUGGUUCACACAAUAACAUCCUUUGGCCACAAAUCGGAGUUGCAGGUUCUUCAUAUGCGAGGACUGUGCCAUCGAAGUCCGUUCAACCAGCAGUGCUCCCAGACCCGGGGACCCUUUUCGAUAGUCUGUUGGUUCGGAAACAGUUCAAAGCUCAUCCUAAUAAAAUAUCGAGCAUGCUAUUUUACCUGGCCUCUAUUAUUAUUCAUGACCUAUUCCGCACUGACCGUGGUGACUAUACACGUUCCCUUACUUCCUCUUAUCUUGACCUUGCUCCGCUCUACGGGAGCAACUAGGAAGAAUAGAAUAUAGUCCGAUCCUUCAAGGAUGGGAAGUUGAAGCCGGACUGCUUUUCCGAGACGAGAAUUUUAGGGUUUCCACCCGGUGUUGGCGUGCUUCUCAUAAUGUUCAACCGUUUCCAUAACCAUGUGGUUGAAAAUCUGGCUUUAAUCAACCAAGACGAUCGCUUCUCGAAGCCAGCUGAGUCGAGUGGGAAAGCAUACGCCAAGUACGAUAACGACCUUUUCCAAACUGGCCGUUUGAUUACAUGUGGGCUGUACAUAAAUAUUAUCCUGAAAGAUUAUGUGCGCACGAUUCUAAAUAUCAACCGGACGGACAGUGAUUGGAGCCUCGACCCUCGUUCUGAAUCUAUGAGAGGCCUUUUCGGUACUGAGAUCGAUGAAGCAGGUGGGAACCAAGUUUCCGCAGAAUUUAAUUUGGUAUAUCGGUGGCACUCCUGCGUUUCGGAACGUGAUGACAAAUGGACUCAAGACGCCUAUAGAGAGCUAUUCGGCGAUGAUACGGACCCGAACAAAGUAAGCCUAUCUGAUUUCCUAAGGGUUCUCGGCAAAUGGGAAGCUGGAAUUCCGAACGAUCCUCUAAAGCGACCAUUUGCCAAACUCACCCGUGGAUCAAACGGUUUAUUCGACGAUGACGACUUAACCAAAAUUCUCACGGAGAGCAUUGAGGAUUGUGCAGGGCCGUUUGGCGCUUCACAAAUUCCCGCUGUCUUCAGAGCGGUUGAAAUUCUUGGGAUUAAGCAAGCACGCUCUUGGAGACUUUCAAGCCUCAACGAGUUCCGCAAAUAUUUCAAUCUCAAACCUCACGAAACUUUCGAGGAUAUCAACUCUGACCCAUAUAUCGCUGACCAACUCAAGCAUUUGUACGACCAUCCCGACAAUGUCGAACUCUACCCUGGGCUCAUUGUCGAAGAAGCUAAAGAAGCCUUGUUACCGGGAAGUGGCCUAUGUGCUAGUUUUACUAUAUCUCGGGCAAUUCUUUCCGACGCUGUUGCUCUGGUACGAGGUGACCGCUUCUAUACUGUGGAUUAUACUCCAAAGAAUUUAACAAACUGGGGCUUUAAUGAAGCAAAUUUUGACAACACCGUUGACCAAGGGCACGUAUUCUAUAAAUUGUUCCUCCGGACAUUCCCCAGUCACUUCAAGCCGAAUUCAAUUUACGCCCACUUUCCCUUAGUGGUGCCUGAUGAAAACAGAGAAAUCCUUACAACGCUGGAUUUUGCCAGCAAAUACUCAUGGGACAAACCGGCGAGGAUUCCCCAUCCAACCAUGAUCGAAUCGUAUGCUGCAUGCGACGCGAUCCUUAAAAACCAAAAAGAUUUCAAGGUUACAUGGGGCGAGGCAAUUGAGUUUCUGAUGCACAAGGAGCGCAAUUCGUUUGGUAGAGACUUCAUGCUUUCUGGAGAUGAGCCACCCAAUGCGGCCUCCAGGCAGAUGAUGGGGAAAGCCUUAUAUCAUGGCGAAUGGGAGGCGGAGGUUAAAAAGUUCUAUGAACAUAUUACGCUCAAACUACUACUCGAAAAAUCGUACAAGAUUGCUGGAGUCAAUCAAGUGGACAUUGUGCGAGACGUCGCCAACAUCGCCCAGGUACAUUUUGCCGCGAGCGUCUUUUCACUUCCACUCAAGACAGCAGAUAACUCACGCGGUAUAUACACCGAAGCCGAACUUUAUAUGAUCAUGGCGCUUGUGUUCACUUGCAUCUUCUUCGACGCGGACCCUGCAAAGAGUUUCCCUCUUCGCCAGGGAGCUCGGAACGUUACGCAACAGCUUGGAGAUAUUGUCAUGUUAAAUGUGCAGCUGAUCAAGCAAACUGGAUUCCUCACGAGUGUUGCUGAACGAUUGUAUGGAAACGAUAUCCUGAUGGAGUAUGGGGUCCAUAUGAUUCGCCGCUUACUCGAUACCGGCCUACCUCCUGAGGAGAUCGUUUGGACACAUAUGCUUCCAACAGCAGGUGGUAUGGUAGCAAAUCAGGCGCAAUUAUUUUCUCAAUGUCUCGAUUACUUUUUAUCAGAGGAAGGGUCUGUCCACUUGCCAGAGAUCCAUCGAUUGUCCAAGUUGGAUACCGCUGAGGCUGAUGACCUUCUUUUGAAAUAUUUCCUCGAGGGAACUAGGCUUCGAUCAACGGUGGGCCUGUAUAGAGAGGUUGUCACCAAGUCAACUAUCAAGGACGGCCUAAAAGUGUUGAACUUGGAACCUGGAGAUCGUGUUGCGUGUAACCUGGUCAAGGCAUCUAUGGAUCCGAAGAAGUUCCCUGAACCCAAUAAAGUUGACUUGACGCGGGAUAUUGACUCGUAUAUCCAUUUCGGACAGGGCCCUCAUAAGUGCUUGGGGUUUAAUAUCUGCAUCACCGGACUAACGGCGAUGCUAAAAACGGUAGGCAAGCUGGAGAACCUGCGACGAGUACCAGGUCCCCAAGGGGAGCUCAGGAGGAUCCCAGGGCCUGGUGGCAUUAGCAAGUAUUUAGUGCCGGAUUAUACUGGCUACUUUCCCUUCCCAACAACCAUGAAGGUACAGUGGGAUGAGGAACUACCACCAUGUGUGGGUUAAGAUCUCGUCAAAUCAUGUUUGGCCAUUUUACGUUCCGGGCGCUUUGCAGCUUUAUUCUUCUCGGGUAUUUGUAUGUAUCUUUUAGCUCUUGAAUAAUGAAGGGCUUAAGUUAUCAGCAAACUUUAUCAUCUGCUCAUUCUGGGAUGGACGUAAUCGCAUAACUGUUCACCAUGCCGUGUGCUGGCACAAAAAUACGACCGCAACACUGGUGGAGUUCAGAAGCAAGAGGGUGGUUAGUAAUGCCGUUUUGCCUAGGAAAGUUGGUUUGGGGGCGAUGAAGUCAUCCCACUUGGUGUAAUAAUGGGUGAUUGGACCAUCUUCAUUCUGAGCUUCGUAGAAGUUCGAAGUCCCAUAUCGAUUCGCGGGCAAAGAUGCGAUAUGAACAAGGGUCUUGAGUAUAUAUCAACAACAACACAGCAUCCAGCGUCUCACAGAUGAUGUGUCAGGCAAACCGAGAUGAGGUGCGUGGAAGUUUACUGGGUAGGUAAGAGCGUAAUUGCGGAGUAAAAAAGAGCAAAUGGUACAGCAAGUUUACCGCCGAGAAGCUCCGUUCUGUGUAUUUACCCGCGUAAUUUUACGCGGUGACAAACAAGGCAAUAAUAAUUUUGGCAAACCAACAUCCAACCGACGACUCCUGACAACGCCCAACAAACAUCUCUUCUUCACUCCAUCGCCACGAUCCCCUCUACCAUCAAGCCUAGGCUCAGAGUCAGUGACUUCGUAAUUAGGAUAAAGUGCUCAAGCUUCUGGGAAUACGACCUGCACUCGUUCUCCCCCUGCUCACAAUUUGGGCUUGUCUUUACCCGUCACGUUUAGCCCAUACCUGACUGAACCUGAUCGAUUCUGUCACCUUUGCUCUCUAACCGACCCGAUCGACCUGAGCUAUCUACUCAACGCAUCAGAUUCUUGCUUCUUAAGUCAGUAUCUUAUCCAGAGACCACUAACAGCAGGUCCGCAAAUCAAGGAUACAAGCCCCUAAAUAGACCCCCCUCCUCAGUCAACCUUGUGGCGACGCAAGGCCGGUCAAGCAACACUUCUAGCGGAGCUUCUCGACCUCUACCACCACCAGGCUCCUGGUAGUGCGCAACCUCCCAUGGUGGACUACAGAGCUAUAUUCUAAUAUGGGGAGAAUAAAGAAGGUGGCGGGCCUUAAACAUGAGGCUACAAUCUCUCCCGCCUUAGCUACCUUCGUUCAACAAACCACUAGCGUUGACAUUCCGGAACUUCCUUCACAUCUCUUGACCUUCCCUCGCCGAUGGCCGUUCCCCCGAGGCGAUCUCUAUCAUUGGAUUGUAGUGCUGAACCGGUUUGAUGCGAUCCUUCAACAAGUGGUGGAAAAGUAUGACCUCCAUUUAGGCCCACAGACGAAGCCUUUUGGCCGCUUGGUUCUUCACGAUGCAUGCGUCUCCGCCGGUAUUGCAGCAACGACCCAAGAGUCUGAAGCACAUCUGGACAAGCUUGGCUUUGGGCCUGAAGGAGAUCGAGAGUUAGUCGAGGCUCUCCUAUCGUUCUCAAGACUGCUGCUGGAGAAAUGCGGCAAUCGGAGCCUAUACAGCAGCAGCGAUCGCUUGAAUGACUUCUUGAAUACCACGUCACUUUCCCUUCUUCAGAGUACGCUCCGUCUUGGUGUCAGCUUGGCCCAGCGAUACUUUUCCAGACAACGACAAUCGAAUAGUACUCAUUUCCAUCAGAGCUUACUUGCCACACACUACAAUAUUGAAUUGGAGCGUGUUCAGAAGCUUGCUGCGCCGUUUCCCAAACCUGCCCCUGCUAAGCCAACUGAUAGUUCAUCUAUUAUUAGCCUUAAGGGAAAAGAAAAGGCCACCCAGGUGCAGGUUGGCCGUCGGAGUUCCGUCACCAAAUGCAAUGCGAAUGAUCUAAUUGCCCUUACUAAGGAGCCGUCUGAUGCCUCGGAGCCCAAUGGGAUCCCUGCUCUGGCCUGGGAGGAAUGGGCUAGUAUUAGCAUGUCGUAUUACACGCCCUUUUCGGACACUGCUGAAGUUACCACUUUGGCAGGAGCCGGGAGCACCCCGAAUCCCCAGCAUGCCCCCGCGACCCCGACUCCUUUGCGUAGAGCUUCUACUCACCCCAGCUCAAGAUUGAGUAGAAGUUCAGCAACGGAUGAUUCACCAACCGCUCCACUAACCAGCUCUCCAAUCUAUAAAUACGAGGAAACAAAUAGAGGAAUUAAAAAUCUAGAGAUCCCAAGCUCGACGAUAGUAACCACGAGUAUUGAGGAAGUUUUGCAAACGCAUCUGGAGGAACUUCCAAACGACGCCUCGAAGUAUGAGUUGCUACAACGACUUCGUGUUGCAUAUGCUCUUGCAACUUCCGCAGAGACCAGGCGUCAGAUUCUUGCCAUUAGAGUCCUUGCAGUCACAAACUUGGCAUACAUUUAUCCGGAAACUCUCUUCCAGCAAAAGGUCCUUAAUCAUGAUUCUGAUAUUCCGAAGCGGCUGCAACUUGCCUAUCAGCUUGCCGAGUUUGUGCACCUCGGUGUCGCAGGUGAUAUUACCGCUUCAACGCUUAAUCAGACCUUCGCGCUCAACUGUCUCGACGCUCUGGCAAAACAUAAAUCCCGUUCUGCGGAUGUUUGCGCGGCCCUUAGCGUGAAUGUUAACCACGGAAUUCUCAUGUUUCUCACGCGCAAGGCUGUUGCAGACCUGGCCAUCGAGGAGAACGCGGACGACCCACCUGAAGCUGACGACUGGAGAGAGACUCUGUUUGCACUCCUUCGAACUCUUCCAAAUGCUGGCACGCGAACUCCGGAGACUCUCGUGGCGGCCGGAUUGAUUCCUCUGUUUGUCGACAUCUUGAACCUCCGGACGGAUAAAGCAAGAAAAAUAUAUCCCCGAGUGAUGGAAUUCUUGGAUACUUUUGUUCAUUCUGUUCGAGAUGCGUUGGCAACAUUGGCUGGAGCCAAGGGUUUCCAUGCGAUUUCAGAUCUAAUCUCUUUCGAGACAAAAACGUCGUUCGAUUCGGUGGCUAAGGAUGCGGGAAUUCCGGCACAUUUUAAGACGCCCUCCAUCGAUUACCAGAUUCCCUACUUCCAGCAGCAAUCCCUGAGGUGGUUAUUCAAGUUUGUCAACCAUGUAAUGCAACAUAAUAGUGGUGGAUUUGAGCGUCUACUUCGGAAUCUCAUCGAUUCGCCUCCACUUCUAACGGCUCUUCGUUUGGUCCUGGAAAACGCCCGUGUCUACGGGUCCCAUGUAUGGAGUGGCGCAGUGAACAUUAUGAGCCAUUUCAUACAUAACGAGCCAACCAGCUACGCUGUUAUUGCCGAAGCUGGGUUGAGCAAGAGCCUCCUCGAAGCAGUGACUGGCCGGCCCGUGCCGAGCGAUACAACAGAUGUCAACACUGCCGCUAGUGAUAUUGAGAACAGUGAUCAUGCCCCAGCCGAAACCCGACCCCUGUUUAUUCCAGCCCGUGCAGAAGCCGGCGAUCAUGAGACUCUCAAGUCUAAGAUUGUCAGGGCUCCGGAUCGCAAGCUUGCUGAAGCAAUUUUGCCUUCAACCGAAGCUAUCGUAUGUAUCCCCCAAGCAUUCGGGGCUAUCUGUCUGAACCAAGGAGGUCUAGAGUUAUUCCGAAAGUCAGAUGCCCUUGAAAGCUUCUUUGAUAUAUUCGAAAGUCCAGAGCACGUGAAAUGCAUGAAGAAUGAUUCGAAUCUUGUUCGUGUUUUGGGUGGCUCAUUCGACGAACUCGUUCGACAUCACCCCCCUUUGAAGUCUGCGGUUAUGAGUGCUGUUCUGCUCAUGGUUGCUCGCGUAGCCCAACAUUGCAAAUCCAAAGCAUCUGAACCUGGACUUGGUGCGAAGCUCUGGACUGAAGGAGAAGAUGGAAAGCUUUCCAUAGCUGGGGGAGCUUCUUCAUUGCUUGGUGAUAUUGGCUCUGCUUUCACUUAUACUCUUGGUAAUCAGCAACCCCCUUCAGAGGCAGAGCCAGCGGGGCCAACAGAACCAGCAGAUUCUGAGAUGAGGAGUGUCACAACGACUCCCGGGGAUGGAAACGCGUUGACACCUGCGAAGAAGCCGGAAAAUGGCGAUUUCAAGGACCUUGAUGCGCAUGGGCUUUCUGUUCCCAACUACAUGUUCCCUGUUGUGAAAUUCCUAAAUGCUUUUUUCGAGAACCACACUAUCUGCGCCAGUUUUAUCGAGGCAGGAGGGGUGGAGUAUGUCCUUGAUUUUGCCACCCUUCAGAGCCUGCCAUUCGAUUUCCAUAACACGGAAGCGAGUCAGCAGCUAGCACAAGUAAUCCACUAUAUGGUUGAGGUGAAGCCUCACCUUGUGCUUCCUUCGCUUCUGAAACGGACCCAGGAUGCAGUUGAUCGUUUAGCUCCGUUUUGGCGACAGUCUAGUCAAACAGGAUUUUUUGCUCCUUUGACAAACCCAUCGAAGCAAACCGAGGAUACUGCCGAAACUCCAGGAUCCGAAGAUGUGAAGGCUAAGGGGGCCUAUUACACAAAACAUCUCGUCGCAGUCCAUACUCUUACAGAUAUCCUCCGCGAAGCAUAUACACCGCCGAUCUACCCAACCCGUCCUAGCCAGCAGACAUCUCCGUUUGUCCAGGUAAAUUUAGCUGAUAAAUAUGUUGCUCUUGUCAAGCGACUUGGGUCCUUGCAUUCGGCUUGUGUCUGGGAAGAAAUCUUGCUGCAGAAGGAUAUGCCAGAAUCUUGGAAUGAAGCCACUAGAGUUCCUGGAUAUGGGUUUGAUGGAGAGGAAGAAAUUGAACCGCUAAGUACUUUACCCGUAGAUGAUGUAUCAGAGCCUGGGGAUGUGGCCACUGAAGAUGCAACUGGAACAACUGUUGCUGGAACGGACCCUGCCCAUGGACUUCCCAACGGCGAGACCACACGUCGAAGCGCGGUUACUCAAACCUCUGUUAGCUCAGAGAGGGGUGCGACAUUUAGGAAUGUGAAAACUCUCCGUUACCUGCUCAGUUCUCUACCAUCCUCUAUAACUGGUUUCUUCCAACUUUUGGGUCAUGGUCUCAUCAGCAAACGGCGAAUGGAUAACUAUCAACGGCAAAAGGCCGGCAACGUUGCUGAUGCGAUUGCUUCGAUGAUUCUGGAGCAAUUGAACCUUGACGCGCCUAAGAAAACAACCUGUGUAAAAGACCGGUUUUCGUAUCUCAUAGUCAUAUUGUCGUCGUUCUCUCAGUUACUAUUUGAUACUACCGCUGAGCGUCCACAUUCUCAUUGCCUGACGAUCAUUCUAUCGGCUUUCAAGAAGCUAAAUGGGAUCCAGACAAUGAAAGGUUUGUGUGGUUUAUUCCUGAAUGAGAUUAAGAACCUUGGCCCUCAAGCUGGGCAGGAUAGUACUUCAAAAGAUGUUCCUGCACGUCUGGCAUCUGCUUAUGGAGGGAUUAAGAUUAUUCUUAAUUUCUUUUCCGAGAUGACAUCUGCUCAAUAUAUUAUCGACUCUACCCAGACUCAGGCAAUGGCCAGCACCGGCGGGGACCGUGACCGUCCUGACUAUUUUCUUCCAGCGCAAUUCUUGGUUGAACUUCGAAUGGAGGUCAUACCAAUGGUGCAAGAAAUGUGGAGUUCCGGGUUUGUGGAAGAAGCGUCGAGCUCUAUUCUGAAAUCUCUGAUUGACAUUCUCCGCUCUGUCCUUGAAGGAGAAUAUGAAACGGGAGCCUUCCGUCGUGGUGAAAGCCUUCCUGCCGUUUCAGCGGCGACUCCAAGAACCUUCACGUGCCAUAGGGAGCGUCUGUCCACACUAAAAGAAAAUGGUCAUGACGAAAAUCUUGCCCGAGAGGCCCUCUACCGCUGUAAUAACAGCGCGCCCGCUGCCGAAGAGUACUGUGCCAGCCAGAAGGGUCUCCGCCCACCACCUAGGAGCCCAGUCCCUUCUCAUGAACUAGAGCAAGCGACAAGUAGUAGUCCCUCGCUCCGUGACAGCAUCUUUACCAACCUUAGCACCUCGCAACCGCCAUCGGACGGCACUCAGAUUUUGUCUGCAACCCCAUUCGAUAUCGCCUCAUUGUUUCCCCACCUUACCCAACCAAGUCCAAACGUCGAGGAACGUGGAACAAACCAAGCAGAGAGUGCAGCAACUCAAGCUGCCCAGAGUGAGGAUACAACGAGUACUGGUGGGCUGCUCGCAAUGAGCAUUGAUAAUAUUCUUAACGAUCAGGGAGGAUCCCCGGCUGAAGAGAGGAGCAUGUCUGCUCAGCGCGCGGAGACCGCUCCUCAACCUCCACCAACUAGCCAACCGGCUCCUUCUCCAAAGCGGCGGGAGGUAGUAACUGUUGAAGACCUGGACAGUGAACGUGAUAACGUCCGAACCAACCUCAUUGAACGAUGUCUCGAUGUAUUGAAUGGUCAUCACGACAUAACUUUUGAGCUCGCCGAUCUUAUUGGGUCUGCAACCGCCAGGCUCCCUGACCCGGUCAAUUUUCGUCGGGAGGUUGGUGAAACGUUGAUGCAUUUCCUGAUAUCUCUCCAGAUGGAAGAAAAUUUCCAAUCAUCAGGAAAGAAAAUAGCGGCGUACGCUGGCUUGUUAGCCUUGGUACUGCAAGAUAAGGAUGUGUAUGAAGCCACUCUUGAAGAGUUGAAGGAAAAUUUCUCGAACCUGCUUGGCUUUAUCCAAAUCCCAUCCUCUUCCGCUGAAAAGCCUACUGAUGAAUCAUGUCCGUGGAUUCCGCAAGUUUUGCUCAUUCUUGAAAGAGUCCUUUCCGAUGACGUAACGCCACCUUUAAUUCGGUGGAACCCACCAAGUCCCGAUGGGUCUGCCGGACCAGAAGAGCUAGCACAGCUUGAGGAACCAGUUAUUCCGUUUUCUGACAAGAUGGAGCUUUUCGAAACAAUGGUUGAUAUUCUCCCUCGAAUUGGCAAGGACGAAACACUCGCGCUGUCUGUUUCUCGCAUGCUCGUCAUCUUGACCCGUGAAAGGGAUAUUGCCGUACGGCUAGGAGAAAAGCGCAACCUUCAACGCCUGUUUGUCAUGAUCAAGCAAUUAGCUAGUGGUUCAGAUGACAGACUUCAGAAUACAUUUAUGCUGAUCUUGAGACAUAUAAUUGAAGAUAACGAUACCGUUCGUCAAAUAAUGAGAAGUGAAAUUGUUGCUGGUUUCGAAAGUCGAUCACCACGUCAGACGGACACCACAGGAUAUGUGCGCCAAUUCGCCCAUCUUAUAUUGAGGAACCCGAUACUAUUUGUGGAGGUUACGAAUGAGAAAUUAAAACUACAGCGGUACGACUCACACCAACGACCACAACUCCUGGUCCUGAAAUCCGAAGCAAAUGAUGCGGCUUCUCGGCGAGAUCAGGGCCAUUCUAGCCAGGAGGACAAUGAAGGUUCUAAGAAGCCAGAGUCUGCCGGACCUCAUACUGAACCUCAAGAUGGGCAGCCAGCUGAAGGCAAGGAAGAUAGGGAGGACAAGGAGGGUAAGGAAGGUAAAGAUGGCAAGGAGAAGUGUAAAUCAACUGAGCUCAAGGCGCCCGUUGUUGAAAAUCCUGAUGGGGUGAUCCACUACCUGCUCUCCGAAUUACUCUCUUAUCGCGAUGUCGACGACAAGGAACCACCCGCAGAAUCUACAGAGAAAUCACUACCCCGCACAGAGUCUCAAAGCGAUGUAGAAAUGGCAAGUGGACCAGCGUCGCCAACUUCAUCUACUUCGGGGACACAGACUAGCAAGACUCCCAAGAAGACUGAAAAGCCUCAAUUUAAGGCAGACGAGCAUCCAAUCUACAUUUACCGCUGUUUCCUAUUACAGUGUCUAACUGAGCUUUUGUCCUCAUAUAACCGAACAAAAGUGGAGUUCAUCAAUUUUUCGCGCAAAGCUGACCCCUUCGCCACGACCCCUUCGAAGCCACGCUCCGGUGUUUUGAACUAUUUACUGAACUCGCUAGUUCCUAUCGGGACACUGGAUCAUGGAGAAUCUAUCCCGUUCAAAAAGCGGGUCAAUACGUCUAAUUGGGCGAUGCGGGUGAUAGUUGCCCUCUGCACCAAGACGGGAGAGUUUGGCGGGCCAUCCAGACGUCGCACUGUUGUAAAUGACGACAACGAACCUGAGCUCCUAUUUGUCCGCAAGUUUGUCCUCGAGCAUGCCCUGAAAUCCUACAAAGAUGCCAAUGCUUCGACUGAACCUCUUGAUGCGAAAUAUGCCCGACUUCUUAGUUUAGCCGAUCUAUUUGAUAAGAUGCUCUCAGGGGGCACAAGUGGAGAUGGCACCACGCAUUUUCCUUCGUCUACUCGGCAGGUUGCGAAAACUAUGUUUGAAAAGAAUUUCAUUUCAGCCUUUACAGCGUCUAUAUCCGAUAUAGAUUUGAAUUUCCCUCCAGCAAAGAGGGCUGUUAAAUACAUUCUUCGACCGCUGAACAAACUAACACAAACUGCAGUCUUGUUGAGUGAAACAUCAAGCAUUCCAACCAUGCCAGGGCAAACCGAUGAAGAUGAUGAUAUAUCCUCGGCGACCUCUGUAUCGGAUAUGGAAGAUGAGCGGGAAGAAACCCCCGAUCUUUUCCGACAUUCUACGCUUGGCAUGUUCGAACCAAACCAUGAGGAGGGUACUACUAGCGAAGAGGACUCGGAGGACGAUGAAGAGAUGUACGAUGACGAGUAUGAUGAAGAAAUGGAUUAUGAAGAGGAUAUGCCGGAAAACGAUGGAGAGGUCGUUAGUGACGAAGAUGAAGAGGAUAUGGACGAGCGAGGGCCUAUUGAAGGUUUGCCUGGGGAUUCCGGUAUGGAUAUUGAAGUCCUCAUCGAAGGAGAUGACGAUGACGACGACGAUGAUGACGAUGACGAUGAUGACGACGACGAUGAGGACGAUGAAGAUGACGACGAGGACGAAGAAGGUUCGUCGGCCAUGGACGAUGACUUGAUCGCGGGUGAAAUCACUGGAGACAAUGACAACGACAGCCUCCAGGAUGGAGACGAAGGUGAAUGGGAAAGUGAAGAUAUCUCGGACAAUGAUGAGGAGGAAGACGGGGAGCAAAAUAGAAACCGCCUUGAUAUUCACCGUCUUGAAUUAGAUAUAGGAAUGGGAGAAGAACUUCAUGACGACCUGAUGGACGACGAAAUGCAGGAUGACCAAGACGAGGAUGACGAAAUUGAUGAGCUGGAAGGGUUGGACGAAGUGGACGACGAUGAAGACCUGAUCCAGACCUUCGAUUUCGAUCACGCAGGCCAAUUUAUGUUGCAUGACACUGAUGCAUCAAUGGAUCACCGCCACGCGCCUCAUGGUCGAUUCCGUGGAAUCCCUCCCCCUCCAUGGAGCAUGUUUUCUGGAGGCCUGGGAAAUCGUCACGGUAUCGUACCUAUCCAGGGUUAUAGAACCCAUCGGAAUCAAAUUCCCUCACGUGGAAAUGACGAUGGGAGCAAUCCACUGCUACGUCGUAACGACCGCCCUACGGACGUUGCGCCUGGAGCUAGAGGUCCUCCCGAAGCUUUGAGUGAUUGGGUCCAUGCAAUUGAUCCUAACCACCAAGGGCGUCUUCUCUCGAUGGAUAGCCCGGUUACAUUCAUGAACGCAAUUAUGCAAGCUCUCGGUCAAGGUGGCGGUGGUUUUGGUGUGGUUAGCCGACCAGAAGGAGUCCGUGUUCGUCUUGACCAGCGUCCUAUUUUCACCAGUCGUAUCCAGGAUUUGUUUGGCGUUAGUCGACCCCAAGCGACCACUAGACGUCCUCGUGACGAUCCUUAUCAAGCGGUCACAUUUGUCCUAUCGACAACCUCGACUCGUUGGCAAGAAGAAGCACGACUCUUGUUUAAUAAUUCGUACUUGGAGAAAGCCCAGCGGGUUGUAAAUUCCCUCCUUAAAGUUCUUGUUCCCCCGGCUAUUGAAGAAGAAAAAGUUAGACAAAAGCAAUUGGAGGAAGAGCUUAAGCGACGAGAGGAGGAGAGAAUCGAGCGAGAGCGUCAAGAACAACUCGCGAAGGAUGAAGCUGAGCGGGAGAGAAAACGGAAGGAGGAGGAAGAGGAAGCGUUAAGGCGUCAAGAAGAAGCUGAGAGAGCCGAGAGAGCCGCUGAAGAAAGUGCACAGCAAGCCGCUGAACAUCCUGAAGGAGAGCCUAUGGACGGUGUGCAGCCUACUGAACCAACACAAGAACAAGCCGCUGCUCCAGGCGAGGGCGAGGCUGCGGCGGCCGGCCCUUCCGAACCUGCGCCCCGGGUUCACACCACAAUCCGCGGUCGCCAACUUGACAUUACUGGAAUGGAUAUUGACCCAGAAUAUUUAGAAGCACUUCCUGAAGACAUCCGUGAAGAGGUCAUAAUGCAGCAACUCACUGAGCAAAGAUCACAGGCUGCUGCAUCCGGCGAAGAGCCAAGCGAGAUAAACCCGGAGUUUUUGGAAGCGUUACCCCCUGAUAUCCGUGAUGAAAUUCUGCAACAGGAGGUCGCUGAUCGUCGACGACGUGAGCGAGAGGCUGCCCGUCGAAAUGCAGCUGCAAGUGGUGGCGCAGCUGCUCCGGAUGAUAUGGAUCCUGCCAGCUUCAUUGCUACGUUGGAUCCUUCCCUAAGACAAACCGUACUCGCUGAUCAACCCGAAGAAAUUCUUGCAUCUCUUGGUCCUGAAUUUGUCUCGGAAGCGCGCGCUCUCACGGGGCGAAGACUUGCUCAGUUUGCCGAUAUAGGCAGGCUAGACCAGCGAUCGCGACCUGACGCUGCUCAACGUGACCAUGGAGCCAAAAAACCUCAACGCCGUCAAAUUGUCCAGAUGCUCGACAAGGCUGGCGUAGCUACCCUCCUCCGUCUCAUGUUCAUGCCUCUGCAGGGAAAUGCACGGCAUCAUAUCAAUGACAUCCUUCAUAACGUCUGCCAAAACCGCCAAAAUCGUUCUGAGGUGCUAAGUCUCCUGCUUCUGAUUCUCCAAGAUGGAAGCGCGGACGUUUCUGCUGUCGAGCGCAGUUUUGCUCAUUUGUCGCUGCGUGCUAAGACCCCAACAGCGGCGCAGCGGACCCCACAGUUGAAGCGAACGUUGUCAUUGCCAGUUCCUGGUGCCAAUAAUGACGUCACGCCUUUGGUUGUGAUUCAACAGUGCUUGGGAGCCCUAUCUUUCCUCACGCAAUACAAUCCCCAUAUCGCAUGGUUUUUCCUCACGGAGCACGACACAGCGGCGUCCCUCAAAAUGAAAGCGCUGAGGAAAGGAAAAGGCAAAGAAAAUAGAGCCUCUAAGUUCGCGCUCAACUCACUCCUGUCCCUGCUUGAUCGCAAGUCGAUCAUGGAUAGCCCAAGUUGCAUGGAACAGCUCUCAAGCCUUCUCAGUAGCAUCACUCAGCCAUUAACGCUCCUCCUACGAAAAGACAAGGAACGGCAUGAGAAAGAAACCAAGGAGAAAGAGGCCAAGGAGAAAGAGGCCAAGGAGAAAGAAGCGGAACGCACCGAAGCCACUGCUGAAAGUACACAAUCUGCGCAACCCACCGAGGCUCCUCCCCAGGAAACUGAGGGCACUCGUACUGCCGAUGAGACUGCUCCGCAUAGUGAUACAACGAUGGCUGAUGCUGGACCCACAGAGCAAGGUCAAGAUCGUGCUGAAGGUCAAGAAGAAGCGAGUGGGUCAUCUAUUGAAGAAAAGGCAGAACCUUCAAAACUGGCUGAGGAAGAGAAGCAGAAGAAGCCUCGUAUCCCUGAGCCUCCUGUGGUACCAGAACACAAUCUUCAAUUAGUUGUCCGCAUCCUUGCUGCCCGAGAAUGUAAUGGCAAAACUUUCCGAGAGACCCUUUCGACCAUCAACAAUCUCUCCGCUAUCCCUGGAGCCAAGGAAGUGUUUGGUAAAGAAUUGAUUGCCCAGACACAAGCUCUAAGUAAUUCAAUACUGGGUGAUCUUGGCGAACUUCUUCCCCAUAUUAACCAAGCGGAGACUGGUAUCGAGGUGCAGGGCAUGGCGCUUUCCAAAUUCUCUCCUGCUAGUUCGGAUCAAGCCAAAUUACUCCGGGCCUUGACUGCCCUUGAUUAUCUAUUUGACCCAAAUAGGCUUGACAAGGAGAAGUACAGCGAGCCCGAGUCGUCUAAUAAUGAGGAUGUUUUGAAGAUACUCUAUGAAGGUACCACAUUCGGACCUCUGUGGGCGAAGUUAAGUGAGUGUUUGCAUUCUAUUCGACAGAAAGAAAGCAUGCUCAAUGUGGCCACGAUACUUCUGCCACUCAUCGAAUCACUUAUGGUUGUAUGCAAGAACACCACGUUGAAAGAUGCUCCUCUCUCAAGACAUGGACGGGAAUAUUCCGUUUCUAGUCCCCCACCCGAGUCUGGAAUGGAAGCCUUAUUCUUCAACUUUACGGAAGAGCACCGCAAGAUUCUCAAUGAGCUUGUCCGUCAGAAUCCUAAGCUCAUGAGCGGCACGUUCUCUCUUCUCGUCAAGAACCCUAAGGUAUUGGAGUUUGAUAAUAAGCGCAACUACUUCACACGUCGGAUACAUUCGCGUGGCAGUGAAAUCAGACAUCCCCAUCCUCCUUUGCAACUCUCUGUUCGCCGAGACCAAGUUUUCCUGGAUUCCUUCAAAUCUCUCUACUUCAAGACUGCCAACGAAAUGAAAUACGGCAAAUUGAAUAUUAGGUUCCAUGGCGAAGAAGGUGUUGAUGCCGGCGGGGUCACUCGUGAAUGGUUUCAGGUUCUAGCACGUGGCAUGUUCAACCCCAACUAUGCCCUAUUCAUCCCUGUGGCUUCUGAUCGCACAACAUUCCAUCCAAAUCGCCUCAGUGGAGUGAAUCAGGAACAUUUGAUGUUCUUCAAAUUCAUCGGAAGAAUCAUCGGCAAAGCUCUAUACGAAGGACGUGUGCUUGAUUGCCAUUUUAGUCGAGCCGUCUACAAGCGUAUCCUCGGCAAGUCUGUUUCUAUCAAAGAUAUGGAAACACUCGACCUCGAUUAUUACAAGUCUUUGCUGUGGAUGUUGGAGAAUGACAUUACUGACAUUCUUACUGAAAACUUCUCCGUCGAGUCUGAUGAUUUUGGCGAGAAGCAGACAAUUGAUUUGGUUGAGAAUGGUCGCAAUAUCCCAGUCACACAGGAGAAUAAGGAAGAAUAUGUACAACGCGUGGUUGAAUAUCGCCUUGUUGGCUCUGUCAAGGACCAGCUGGACAACUUCUUGAAAGGAUUCCACGACAUUAUCCCUGCCGAUCUUAUUGCUAUAUUCAACGAACAAGAACUAGAGCUCUUGAUUUCCGGGCUUCCCGAAAUUGACGUAGAUGACUGGAAGAAUAAUUCUGAAUAUCAUAAUUACUCCGCAUCCUCACCUCAGAUCCAAUGGUUCUGGCGUGCAGUACGAUCAUUUGACAAGGAAGAACGUGCGAAACUUCUUCAAUUCGUCACUGGUACUAGUAAAGUCCCGCUCAAUGGCUUCAAAGAGCUUGAGGGUAUGAAUGGCUUCAGCAAAUUCAACAUUCACCGAGACUAUGGGAAUAAGGACAGGCUGCCUAGUUCCCAUACAUGCUUUAACCAGCUCGACUUGCCUGAGUAUGACAGCUAUGAAACCCUACGGCAGCGGCUUUACACAGCAAUGACUGCAGGCAGUGAAUAUUUUGGUUUCGCGUAGAGGGAGCAAAAUUGUGUACUUUUCGUGAAUUUUUGUGUUUUCUGUUGUUAUUUAUUUCCCUUCUGAUUUUUUUUUUUUUUUUUUCCCAGCCUCUUUCUUUCCAAAAUCCCCUAACCACAGAUAUAUCUUUGUCAUUUCCAUUUUAUGACCUAUGCACUAUGCAUUUGUUUAUUCAAAGCAUCUGGCGGCGCGCUCACCUUGAUAUUUUGUUUUGUCACUUUUGUUUUGUUCACUUUCUGUGUUUUUUUACCCUGAUUCCAAACUGUACACUCGAACGGCACGGGUAUUCGAUUUGUUCUAUAUCGGAGGGGAAUGGACGGGAUAGGGGAGACUGUACUUCCAGUUUUUCUUUUCUUUAUACUCCAGGUAACGGGGACCACGUUUCACUUUUCUCUGUCAAGAUUGAGCAGGGAUGCAGUCUAGCAACGGAGGAGAGGAGGUCGCCAGCCGGAGUGCAGGCCAGCUGCCGUGUCUACUUUCGCUCAUUGCUGUUGAUAGCCACCGCUCAAUCUAUCCCCUUGACACCCAUGUAUCUAGCUUAGCACUCUUAGAAUUAAAAGUAGAGAUCUCUUCCAUG